AUGAAUUCAAUCUCAAGAUCAAUUUUGAGGUUAGAGCCAGCAAUCAAAGACGAAGAAAACAUCGACUACAACUUACAAAAAGACACCUCUCACCCUAAUAUUUCUCUAUUCUUGCUGCUACCAAAUCCUCAAAACAUCGCUCCACCAAAAGUGGUUACUGAUUUAAAUGACACUGAAUUCUCUUCCACAGAACUAGAAGCACCAAUCAAUGCUUUGGAUCCAACUGUCAAUCAAAAUACAUCAUCCUCGGCGGUAAGCUUCCAAACUUCAUUGUCUUCAACAUAUAGAUAUAACAAAAUUAUUGAUAAACUAUAUGAAGUACUUCCAUGUCCCCAAUCAACCCAAAUUGAGAUUGAACCAUUACUUAACAAUUUAAUUCACGUACUUAAAUAUAAUUUAAAACAUCAGAUCUUUAGAAGUAAUAAUAGAACAUGGGACGAAUUUUGGAAGCCUGGAAAUGUCGCAUCCUCGAUUUUAAGAGGUGAAGAAGACAUCAUUGAAACUGCUCUAAGAAAAUCAAAUAUUGCAACUUUUAUCUGUUGCACUUUGGGAAUGAUGGAUACAGUUUCACUAAGUGAUUUGGAUGAAAACUUAUUGAACGUAUUCUGCCCUGCUUCUAAUGCAGUGACUCUAGAUACAAAACUAUCCAAUCCCUUGUCAAACCAAUCACAAGAUGAUAUCAUUGCCACUGCAAAUACGACUGGUGUCGGUGGUUCUAGGAAAUCACUAAAAUCUCAAAUCUCAAUGUGUUUUUUUUCUAGAUACAGACUUGAGUACUUAAUUGAUAAUCCAAAUGAAUAA